AUGACAACCCAAGAUCAAGUCAACCCCCCACCCCCAGAGGGAGAAUCCUCCAUCUCCCUCCCGGGAAUCUACGUCUCCCUCACCGACCUCCCCCUCGACAUCCUCUCAAUAAUGGACAAAGUCCGCAGCCCAGAAGCGGGCGCCAUCGUCACCUUUGCCGGCACGACAAGAAACAACUUUGCCUCCAAACCCGUCACCUCCCUAACCUACACCUCGUACCGCCCCCUAGCCCUCCAAACCCUCUCCUCCAUCGCCUCUUCGCUUCUGACCAAGCACGCCCUAAAAGGAAUCGCCAUCGUCCAUCGCCUGGGCACAGUCCCCAUAGGCGAGGAGAGUAUCCUCAUCGCGGUGAGCUCUGCCCAUCGGAAGGCUGCAUGGCUCGCGGGCGAGGAGGCGCUGGAGGAGUGCAAGGAGAAGGUGGAGGUUUGGAAACGGGAGGAGUUUGAGGAUGGGGGGGUUUGGAGGGCUAAUAGGGAUGGGCAUCAGGGGGCGGAGGUGAAGGAGGGGAACAAGGGCGAGUAA